CAGUUAAAGUGUUGAAUCAGUUAGUUUAUGAAAUAACUAGGUAAUUUAUAAAAUAACUAAAGCUUGUAGGUAAUGUAUAUAGUUUAUACUUUAACUAGUUAUUUUAUGCAUUCCCUGGCAUCACUUAGUUAAUGUGUCAAAUUGUAAAUAACGCCACCCCGCGCAACACGAAUCAGACGGCGCGUCAACUGUACCGCGCUAUACCACUCCACACGCCGCGCGACGCGCAACGCGCCGUGUGAUCCCACCUUUACAUUUCAACAAUUUAAUAUAACACAUUAAAUCAGAUAAGAUUAUCGGUGACCGCAAUGUACGUUUAUCGUGUUAUUAUAAGAUAAUCGUUUAUCGUGUUAUUAUAAGAUUUUUGUUGUUGGUAUUUGGUACAUGUAUUAUACAGGUUUAAAGUUUAGUAAUAGUUUUACAGUCACACGUGUUCGCUGUUAGUUCGUUUGUCUCUACACUAUUAUUUUAAGUAUUAACUAUAUUGUUCACAAUGAAUGAAUUAGAUUUAAUGAAAGAAAAGUUUUAUAUUAGUGUUAAAAAUCGUUUAUUAAAACCAAAUAGUGCAGUUUUAACAAAAGAAAAAUAUGCAAGUUUGAUGAUAGACGUGAGAAAAAUGAAAAUAAAAAAGGAAUCUUCUCGUGACUAUUGGUUAGAAAAACAUUACGAUAUUGUAAAAAUUAUUUAUUUAUAUUUUAUAGGAUGACGUUACUGACGUAGAUCGACCAACAGUUGGCACAGAAAAAGAUAUAGUUCAUUUAAAUAUUGCUACGGUAGGUCAAUAUUAUAUUAUAGCUAUUAUAUAGCUAAAUUAGCUUUAAUAUUGUAAUUACAAAAAUAAUUAAAUGUUUUAAGGAGAGGAAAAAAGCUAAAGAAAAUUUGGAAAAACAGGCAAAAAGAAUGAAAGAUUUAUCAAAUACUAAAUUUGCGGUUGCUAAUAUUGGUUCUACAGUGCGUAUCAAAAUUCCCGAUGUUGAUAGAGGAAAGGGUGAUCCUCGUUCAAUUAUUGCAGUUGUUUUAAAAUUAACUGACGAUGGGUUUUAUCAACUGGGAUGCAAUGAUGGAGUGUUAAAACAACUAUACUCUCGAUCCCAGUUCACAGUAUGUUCAGAAAAUUUGUUAGCUGUAGAAGCUGUUCCAAAUGAAAGUAUUACAUUAAGAUCUGCGGCAACUGCGCAGUCACUGGGAACUGGUCAGGGUUUUUUUAAAUGCACUUGUACCAAAAAAUGUGACACAAAGCGAUGUGUUUGUAGAAAAAAAGAGGUGUUGUGCAACUCUAAAUGCCAUAAUAGCCUUACAUGUACAAAUAAAUAAAUAAUAUAACUAUAAUUAAUUCAUAAUUCAGUAAAAUAAAAUAUUAUAAUAUAUAUUUUAAA